AUGUACAACCUCAAGAGCCUUCCGGCACUGCUAUGCCUCGUGCUGGCUGUCACUCCCGUCCUGUCUGCACCUGUCGCUUCUGGAGAUGGAGCCGUUGUGCGAAGGCAGAGCCACCAUUUCAAUACCAACACCCAGUCCGGCUCUAACAUGGGAUUCUCUAUCCCUGAUGGUCCAUCCUACAACUCUGGCCAAUUCGCCUCCAACGCUUAUCGUGAAGACCGUGGGGGCGAUGAUGAUGAUGAGGGCUCAAGCGAGUCCAGCAACACCAACGCAGGGAACUCGAUGAAUAUCGGCAUCCCGGGUGGUCCCAGCGUCAACUUGGGCAACUACUUCAGUAACAACUAUGAGGAAUCUGAAGAGCCACGGCGAAAGCCCUCGACUACUUCCACUACCACUAUUCCAGAGUCUACAACGGCCCCUCCACCUCCGCCAGUCAACCCUCCUAUUGAGACUUCUGUUCCUGCCCCUCCUGCCCCUCCUACAACUACCACCACUACCCAGCCCCCUCCUCCUCCCCCUACAACCACUGCUCCCCCUGCUCCUCCUACCACUACUGCUCCUCCUGCUCCUCCAACCACUACUCCACCAGCUCCUCCUACAACUACUGCUCCUCCUGCUCCUCCAACCACUACUCCCCCAGCUGCUCCCCCUACCACUGCUCCUCCAGCACCCCCAGCUCCGUCUACCCCCUCCGAGCCGGCUCCUCCUGCUGAGACCGAAGAACCUGAAGAGCCAGUGCAAGAAUGCCCAGCACCAGAGCCAGAGCCACAGCCUGAGCCUGAGCAAUCUCCUGAGCCUCCAGCUGAACAUGAACCUUCCCCUGAACCGGAAUCAUCUCCUGCCCCCGAGCCUACCCCUGCACCUCAGCCCAACCCUACACCAAGCCCUCAACCAGAGCCCCAGCCAGAGCCCCAACCUGAGCCCCAACCUGAGCCCCAACCUGACCACGAGCCUGCAUCCGAGCCUGCAUCCGAGCCCAGAAUCAUACCCACUCCUUCCCCAGCUGCUCCAGCAUUGCCUGCAUACACCUGUCAAUGCCCUGCUUGA